AUGAACACACACGCACCCGAGAUCGUCAUAUCUGUGGCUUCGCCUUCUUCGCCUCAACACAAGCAAGAGGAAGAUGAUCGCGCACGCUGGGAAAUGGAGACAUCACCUUGCUUCCCACGUCCCCUCUGUGUGGCUCUUCCUCCCAAACGACCAGCCCGCCAGGCCACAGCAGGUGCCAAAAGCGACGGCAGCAGCAGCAGCCAGCCUCUGGCCAAGCCUCCCCAACGAGAAAGCAGUGAUGGGGUCUUGUCCCCACCCAAGUACCCUUUUCGCAGAGUUACUCGCUUUGGCAAGUUAACCGUUUCGCAUCCUCCACAGCGCCCCACACGGCAAGACUCUGAAGCCCUCCUUCGAUCAUCCCACACUAGCUUUAGUAGCGAAAGUACCUUGCCUCCUCUGCCUGGAAUGGACUCGUAUCAUCGCUUGUCAUCUCUGGCCAGCACCAUUACCGACAACACUACCUCCACUUCAUGUACUGAGCAAGAAGAAUAUCCCGACGAGAGCUGCAGUAUUCUGUCUCUUCGUCUUCAAGAUACCCGUUUGGAUGGCAGCAGCAGUAGAUUCCAAGAAAGCAGCAGCAGUCGAUUCCACGAAAGCAGCAGCGCUGAGUUGACCAUGGAAUGUUGUCCGUCUCGUCCAGUCCGUCAGAAAUCUGCCUUUCCUGAUGUGGAUGCCGUGGUGGUGAGCAGCAGUGGCAGCGAAAAUAGCUCGGCAGCGACCGGAACUCCCGUGGAGAAACCAGAUUGGGUCAAACUAUGGGAAUCGCAAGGAGGUGGCGAUUUUGCCACCGCGACCUUGUCCAGCCCAAGGAGCUUGUGAGAAUAUCAAGCGAUACCGGUACCGGUAUAAGAGACGGCUGUGCACAUUUGCAUUGUGGAUGCUGGCUAGCCAGCAAGUAAGUCUUACAAUAAAUUUUGGUCAGCGAAGAGAUUGACAAAGCAAGUAUCGCUGCCCGAAGGAGAUACUAGCUAGUAGCCAGGUGUUUGCCUGUACC